AUGAUCCCGAGACGACAGGAAGAGGUGGAGCCCUCGGCCUCGACGCCGCUCAGUCCGCGCAGUAGCAGUGUGUCGAACGACAGUCGAUUUCUCUACGACGAUGACUUUUUGGAGAGCUCCGUACCUUCACCGGCGAGCGUAGUCAGCCUGUGGGACGAAGGGAAGAGGCCACACAGCAGGAUCAGACACGCAGUCGGCAUCGCGCUGCUGCUCGCGACCGUGUUCCUGUGGACGGCGUCCAACUUCCUAGCCAGCACCAUAUUUGCAGACUCGUCCUACGAUAAGCCCUACCUCGUAACCUACAUCAACACGGCCUUCUUCCUGAUUCCCCUUCUGCCCAUGCUCCUCCACCACCUCUGGGCCGACCGGCAGAACGCGGUGCAGCGCCAGCCGCUCGCAGCCCAACUGCGCAACCUCCUGAACCGGCGGGCAGGAAAGUGGACACUGCUCCGGGACCACGAAUCGCGCUCGUCGUCUCGCUCGCCCAGCAAGUCGGGGGACGCCGAGGGCGCUGAGCUCCUCCUCGGCGACUCGGCGCAUGGCAGCAGUGCCGACGUUGGCGAGCUGCGGGCGGAGGAUGAAGGGCUGACGCUGCAGGAGACGGCCAAGCUGGCGCUGGAGUUCUGCAUUCUCUGGUUCCUCGCCAACUACUUCGCGGCGGCCUGCCUGUCGUACACGACGGUGGCGUCGUCGACGAUCCUGGCGUCGACGUCGAGCAUCUGGACGCUCCUCUGCGGCUCGCUGCUGCGCGUGGAGCGGUUCACGCUGCGCAAGCUCAUGGGCGUGGGCGCCUCGCUCGCGGGCGUAGCCCUCAUCUCGACCAUUGACGUGUCAGGCGAGACGGACGAGAACCGCGGCUCGUUCCCGCACAAGACGCCGCGCGAGCUUGCGCUGGGCGACGUCAUGGCGUUUGUGUCCGCCGUCCUGUACGGCUUCUACGCGGUGCUGAUGAAGGCGCGGAUCGGCGACGAGUCGCGGGUCAACAUGCCGCUGUUCUUCGGGCUCGUCGGCCUCUCCAACGUGGUGCUGCUGUGGCCGGGCCUCGUGGUUCUGCACCUCACCGGCAUCGAGCCCUUUGCGCUGCCGCCGACGCGCAAGAUCCUCACCAUUGUGCUGGUGAACAGUGCGAGCAGCCUCGUUUCCGACUUCUGCUGGGCCUACGCUAUGCUCCUCACGUCCCCGCUCAUCGUCUCCGUGGGCUUGUCGCUCACGAUCCCGCUCAGUCUCGUUGGGCAGAUGGUGCUCGACGCGCAGUAUGCUAGCUGGCUGUACUGGGUCGGCGCGGCGAUGAUGGUGGUGUCGUUUGUGUUUAUCAACAAUGAGGAUGGCAAGGAGGAGGAGGAGGAGGAGGAGGAGGAGGAGGGGUUGCGGGGCUUGGGCGUGGGUGUGGGUGGGGGCCUGGGUGGUGAUGGUGCGAGUCGUAGGGAGAGUGUGCAUUCGAGGAGGAGUUGA